GUUCAUUUCGCGCGGUUGUGGCAUAUUAUUGCUGAUAGUAUGGUGUUGUAAAUGGUGCAUUCUAUCAAGCUCUGUAAUACAACUUGAAAGUAACGGAAGGCACAUUUGCAUCCGGUAGAAAAAAAAAACGAGUUAAAGCGGUGACCCUUCCCCCUUCGGUGGAAACCUCAAUAACAGAGUUAAAACAGGAAGGAAGAACCGAAACCGGAAAAGCAGCGAACAUUUCUUUGAUCAUGCAAAGUGGCAGGAUGAGUGUUUCCUUUACGUUUGCAGCAGCAGCAGCAACAGCACCUUCCGAGGGCUAGUAAAAGUGAGCAAAAGGUAAAAGAGUGAAGGAAAAAAAAUGGUGAACCACCAUGCGGGUGGUGCGAAUUGGGCCGUCUGUGCAUGCGUGUGACCUUUACAGUGCCCGUGUGUAUGUGUGCGCGUGUGUGUGUGGCCUGUGUUAUGUUCUUCUGGGUGGGGUUUGCGAGUAGUAGUGAGUGAGUGUUGGUAGAAAAGUGCAGAUCGCAGUAGCAACCGACGGCGACGAAGACGAGUGCAAGUGCAUUGCGAAAGAUGCAGUGCAGCGAAAGAUAAAGCGCCCAAGCGGUGGUUUUGUGGUAAAAGUGCAAUUGGCCAUAUGCAAAUGGGGGCGCCCAUCUCGCUAUCUUGCCGUUAUUCUCUCGAGUGAAGCAAUCCAAUCGACAGUGUCAGUAAAGCGAGCAAGAGCGCUUGCUCGAGAGCGAGAGAGAGAGAGAGAGUGGAGACGUGUGCGGGAAAAAGUGAGUGAGUGAAGGAAGAAAAGAAAAGAAAAACUCUCAACCAUCGCUUGCCAUCGUGGACUGUCCACGGUACCAACGGUGAAUGGCCGGAAGCGAGUGAGCGUUAUCAGCUCGACCGCCGCCGAAGGGGACCCGUAACCCCCACCCGAAACGCACCCGGAACCGGAAGCGGAACAGAUUACGGCAACGGCAGCGAAACCCACCGAGCCGGGGGAACACACCGUUUUUCCCGCCCCACGAGUGGAUGAGCGCAUUCAAAAUGACAAUGACGAAGGCACACAUAUUGUGCAUCUUGUGGAUGAUUAUUUUCUUCUGCACCAGCAGCACAGUGAACGCAGCACAACGAGAAACGAUCCCGAAGCAGCAACAUACCACAUCAACGAAAGACAGCAGCAGCCAGGGGCAGCCGAAUUUGCUAACCGGCAGCAGUAGUGGCAGCAGUAGUAGCACCAGCAGCAGUAGCAGUAGUAGUAGUAGUGUUAGCAGUAGUUCUAGUGUAAGCAGCAGCACCAGCACCAGUGCUGGCAGUAGCAGCGCAAGCACCACCAGCAGCAGCAGCGCAAGUGGUACAUCGGCCGGUAGUAGCAUCGGCAGCAGCAGCAGCAGGCCAACCCACGCAGAAACGACAGCCCUGCCGACGGAACAGUCGCGCGUAGGGCCGUAUUUUGACGUUGCCGCCUCGAAGAACGUUACUGCACUGCUGGGCAAAACCGCGUAUCUCAACUGUCGGGUUAAAAAUCUCGGCAACAAGACGAUGUUGCUGCAGGUGUCUUGGGUCCGUCACCGGGAUAUUCAUCUACUGACGGUGGGCCGCUAUACGUACACAUCCGAUCAGCGGUUCCGGGCGAUACAUCAUCCACACACGGAAGACUGGAGCCUGCAGAUCAAGUACCCGCAGCAUCGCGAUUCCGGCAUCUAUGAGUGUCAGAUUUCGACGACACCCCACAUGAGCCACUUCGUGCAUCUGAAUGUAAUCGAACCAUCGACGGAAAUAAUAGGCGCCCCGGAUCUGUACAUUGAGAGUGGAUCGACGAUAAAUUUAACCUGUGUCGUCAAGGAUUCUCCCGAGCCGCCAGCCUACAUUUUCUGGAACCAUAACGAUGCGAUUAUUAGCUACGAUUCACCGCGCGGUGGCGUCUCGGUCAUAACCGAAAAAGGUGACACGACCACCUCGUUCCUGCUCAUCCAGAACGCUCGGCCAUCGGAUUCCGGACAGUACACGUGCAAUCCGUCCAACGCCAAAAGCAAAAGUGUCACCGUGCACGUCCUAAACGGUGUUUCCCAUUCCGUUUCCAGGGGAGUACCCAGCAGCAAUGCAGCGCGCGGGACAACCGCAUCAUCGCACGCCGCUCAACCAUCCGCUUUUGGUGCUGGCAUCGGCGCUUGUCUCGUACUGGCUCUGCUCCAUCGGUAUGCUGCGGCUGCCGAGCCCAUCCGGUGGGCGCGCUGCUGGUCAGCAGCCGCAUCAGCCAAGAAUGUCUUUCGUUUCGUCGUAGUCUGCUUGCACCGUAGCGUACUAAUAUGCGUCGCCAGUGUCGCACGCACCCGGCUGUGCUGCGGGACGCGGUCCACCUUAAUGGCGCGCCUGAGGCUUCACCCCGCGCAGCAUAUGCGUCACCCACUUCGCAUCGCACCGCACCGAACGUGCCCUCCCACACCGUUGGUGUCGUGGUCGCUCGACGACGACGACGACGACCGCUUUUCCGCUUCAUCUCACAGCCGUGCACGGCAGGGAAUGGCGACCGCACCUUCACUGCACUGGCAGCAUCACAAUCACCGAUGGCGGACCGAUCCUGCGGCACCCGUACUGGACUGGCGAGCGUGUGCGAGCUUCGGUCAAAACUCAACCACGUCGUCCCGACGGCGAUUAAGGCUAACGGAAGGACAACUCUGUGCCGUUCGAUGAGGGCGGUUUUCUUUUCUGUACACUUAAAAGAAACACACCC